AACAUUGCAACCUUAGUCAACAAACCAUUAUCUUCAAGAAAGAAAGAUAAAGAAAAGAACAAGAAAAGAAAAAGGAGGAAUACCCCAUUUGCACAUCAUGAGUUCCUGUCUUUGGUUUGCUUUUUCAUCUAAAGCCUCUCUGGCUCCUGUUCCACCCUAAGUUAUUUUCUUCAAGAAAUGCCCACCAUAGCAGCUCUCACUUCUUUUCCCUGUACUUGAUCCUCAAGCCUUCCCAAGUUCCAAAAUCUUUCAAAACCCAUAAUUUGUUUUGUGUUUAUUCCACUGCUAAUCAUUGUUAUUAUAAUCCACCUCCCAAAACAGAGGUCUCCAAUUCCAUAUAGAAUUAAGUCAGGUAAUUUUAUUGUAUAAAAGUUUCUUGCAUUAUUUUAUAGAUUCACAGAGGCAGCAACUAAGCUGUUCUCUAAUUUUAUUUUAUUUUAUUUUUGUGAGUUUCUGGUUUACUUAUUUGAUAGUCCAAUGCAUCUGAAUGAUAUAUUCAAUCUUGUUAAAUUUUCAUGUUGAUCAUUAUUUACAUAGUAGGAAGAAAGGAAGUUGUAUUAUGUUAGAAGAGAAAUUAGAUUAAAUCCCAGAAGUUUUCCAUUUUGUCCAUGGGGUCUAUAGGCAACCCAAAGACAUGGGUACCAUAUAUGAACACUAAGGACUGUUCUCAAGGCUUUUGUAGCUUGUACUGCCCACAAUGGUGCUACAUGAUCUUCCCCCCUCCACCUCCCUACAGCUUUCCCGACAAUGAUUCUGGCCCAAAAUUUUCCCCUCUUGUCAUCGCCAUCAUUGGCAUUCUGGCAAGUGGUUUCCUUCUAGUUAGUUACUAUGCUAUAAUUUCCAAGUAUUGUGGGAACAUGGAUUCAGCAAGAAGAGGAGAGAUUCAUGACCCUAAUGAGGAAUUGGAAGAAAUUCAUGAUCCGUCAAACCACGAGCCCUGGCAUGUUCCCACAACCGGUUUGGACGAGGCUCUAAUCAAGUUGAUUACUGUUUGUAAGUACAAUAAGGGAGAUGGGUUGAUUGAAGGGACUGAUUGCUCGGUUUGUCUCAGUGAGUUUCAAGAAGAUGAGAGCCUAAGGCUCUUACCGAAAUGCAGUCAUGCUUUCCAUGUCACAUGCAUUGAUACAUGGCUUAAAUCUCACUCGAAUUGCCCUCUUUGUCGAGCCAACAUAGUUUUGGCGAACGCUUCACCAGGUCAAUUGCCUCCUCCGUUGACAGAAACUUCAUUGAACAAUGAAUCUUUAUCGGAGAAUCAUUGUGAGAAUGAUAAUGAUAAUGUAGUUGUUGCAGGAGAUAUAGAGAUGAGUGUUAGAGGAGAAGAAAUUUGGCGAAGUGAUGUGCCCCGGACCCCAUUACAAGAUCUCAACAAUUUAGGGGAUUCAGAAGGAGACACCAUAAUUGAGAUUAGAAAUGAAGAAGAUCAACAAAUUAGAAGGUCAGUGUCCAUGGGUUAUUUGUGUCAAAGCCGUGUUUCGGUUGCUGAUAUGUUGAGAAUCAAUCAAGAUGACGAUUUUGAAGUGGAAGAGUGCCAGUUGCAGGUAGAUGCAGGUUCAUCAAAAAGACCAGUAGGGGAAAUCAGCAAGUCAGGCCAUAGAAACAGGGUGUUGCAUUGUGUUACAAGUCCUGUUGCAAUGAAGAGAUCAUUUUCUAGCGGGAGAUUCUUGUUUCCCAAACAAGGGAGAGGGAGAAACAUUAUUAUUCCAUUGUGAAAAUAACUUUUAGAAUGUUAUAUGAAAAUUACCAUGAUGAACAAGAGUGAGAAGGCUCUUCCAUAUGAAUGACUUGCAUCGAUUAGUUAGUAUUGUUAUGUGGUUAUUUGUGUGUGAGAAUUUCUCUUAUAUAAGAAUGCGGGAUUUUUCAAUGUAAUGCAAAGUAAAAUGAUUCUGGUUUGAUUUUAUAUGAGAGUUUGUUGGUUUGGUAAAAGUUUAGAUGUUUUUGCCGAUGACCAUGUAAGGCUGAUUUUAAGGAUGUUUUUUUGGUGACUUACUGUCUAAUUUAGCAUGAGAGAGAGAGAGAGAGAGAGAGAGAGUGUGUCCAGACACGAACCGAAAAUGGUUGUGGGAGAGGUCAGGUUCCCCUGCUGCUGGUGAGCUAGCAGUUCUGUAACUUUUAUAUUACAAAUGUGCACGUUUUUUUAUUUAUAUGUAUUACAAUGGUGCACUUUUUUUCA